UUUCCGGUGAGUUAUGUAUACUUUCAGAACACAAACAGUUUACAAAACUCCAAAAUUUUCUUUUUUCCCAAAACUUGAAGCAGAUACCGUGUCACCGCGAAACGAUCGUCUUCCAAAUUGCGGAUUUGAAGAAAAUCACAUCCUUCCAACUCGAAGAAUUCAAAUUCCACUUCUACGCAUAUAUAUGCUCUCUCUCUUUCCCCUUUGAGUUCGUUCUACACCAUAGUCGUUCGUCACAGAAACAAUCUCGUUUCUCAAAUUCAUUUUCAAAACCCUAAUUAUGAGAAGACCUAGAUUUUGAACCAUAAAAAGAAGAUGAGUGGAAACGAAUUUCGAUUCUUCUUGUCAUGCGACAUCAAUCUUCCAGUCACCUUCCGAGUCGAGAGAUUGGAAGGGAACUUGCCAGCAGCUAAGACCCUUGAUUCAGAAGUUGAUUCUACUGCGGAGGUGAGAAGACCGGAGCUAUAUGUUGAGUGUACAUUGUACAUUGAUGGUGCUCCGUUUGGGCUUCCCAUCAGAACAAGGCUAGAGUUCACGGGUUCGUCUUAUUGCUGGAAUGAACUCAUUACAUUGAGUACAAAGUAUCGGGACUUAACUGCCAACUCACAACUUGCAUUCACAGUUUGGGAUGUUUCAUGUGGAAAAAUCGAGGGUUUGAUUGGUGGGGGUACCAUUCAUCUAUUUAACAUGAAAAAACAAUUGAAAACUGGGAAGCACAAGCUUAGACUUUGGCCAGGGAAAGAGGCAGAUGGAUCUAUCCAUACAACUACUCCUGGAAAGGUUCCCAAGGAAGAGCGCGGGGAGGUGGAACGCUUGGAAAAGCUAGUGAAUAAGUACGAAAGAGGACAGAUCCAACGAGUUGAUUGGCUGGACCGCCUUGCAUUUAAAGCUAUGGAGAAAAUCAAGGAACGGGAAAGUGGUAGAAAUGGAAGUUCUCAUUUAUACCUGGUGGUUGAUUUUUGCAGUUUCGAACACCGAGUUGUUUUCCAGGAAUCAGGAGCAAACUUCUUUAUACCGUCUCCUAUAGCUGCAACCAAUGAACUGGUUACUGUCUGGGACCCAGAAGUAGGAAAGAUUAAUCCCUCUGAGCACAAGCAACUAAAGCUUGCAAGGAGUCUAACUCGUGGCAUCAUUGACAGGGAUCUUAAACCAAGCUCUACUGAAAGAAAGUCCAUACAGAGAAUAUUAAAAUACCCCCCAACAAGGACUUUGAGUGGAGAAGAGAGGCAGCUCUUGUGGAAAUUUCGUUUUUCAUUGAUGUCGGAGAAGAGGGCUCUCACAAAAUUUCUCCGAUGUGUGGAAUGGAGUGAUGUUCAGGAAGCGAAGCAGGCAUUGGAACUGAUGGCUAGGUGGGAAAUGAUUGAUGUUUGUGAUGCAUUAGAGCUUCUGUCUCCUGUUUUUGAAAGUGAAGAGGUUCGUGCAUAUGCUGUCAGUGUUCUUGAAAGAGCUGAUGAUGAAGAGCUCCAAUGUUACCUACUUCAACUAGUUCAAGCUCUCCGGUUUGAGCGCUCUGAUAAAUCUCGCCUUUCUCAUUUCCUCGUGCAACGCUCAUUACGUAAUAUUGAGUUGGCUAGUUUUCUCCGGUGGUAUGUUGCGGUGGAACUUCAUGAUCCUACAUAUGCAAAACGUUUUUACUGUACCUAUGAGAUUCUGGAAGAAAAUAUGAUGAAGCAGUUGGGAGCUGGUGUGACUGGAAAUGAAGAUGGAUUUAAGUUGUGGCAGAGUUUGGUGCGCCAGACAGAACUGACUGCUCAGCUGUGUUCUGUAAUGAAGGAUGUAAGAAAUGUACGGGGCGGAACCCAGAAGAAGAUUGAAAAGCUUAGACAGCUUCUUUCUGGCCUUCUAAGUGAGCUUACCUACUUUGAAGAGCCAAUAAGAUCACCUCUGGCACCAGGCAUCCUCAUCGCUGGGAUUGUUCCAUCAGAAUCGUCAAUAUUUAAAAGUGCACUGCAUCCUUUGCGUCUGACUUUUCGAACAGCAAUUGGAGGAAGUUGCAAGAUCAUUUUUAAGAAAGGAGAUGAUAUUCGGCAAGACCAGUUGGUUGUUCAAAUGGUAUCACUUAUGGAUCGAUUGCUUAAAUUGGAGAAUCUUGAUCUACACUUAACUCCAUACAGAGUACUAGCAACUGGACACGAUGAAGGCAUGCUGGAAUUCAUACCAUCUAGUUCUUUAGCACAGAUUCUCUCAGAACACCGUAGUAUUAUAAGUUAUCUGCAGAAGUUCCACCCUGAUGAGGAUGGACCAUUUGGGAUUACAGCCACCUGUCUGGAAACAUUCAUAAAAAGCUGUGCUGGCUACUCAGUCAUCACAUAUAUAUUGGGAAUUGGAGACAGGCACCUUGAUAAUCUUCUCCUUCGGGAUGAUGGCCGCCUCUUUCAUGUUGAUUUCGGUUUUAUUUUGGGUCGAGACCCAAAGCCAUUUCCACCACCAAUGAAGCUUUGCAAAGAAAUGGUUGAGGCUAUGGGUGGAGCGGAAAGCCAAUACUAUACCAGGUUCAAAUCCUACUGUUGUGAAGCGUACAACAUCCUCCGGAAAUCUAGUAACCUAAUAUUGAAUCUAUUUCACCUCAUGGCGGGUUCCAAUAUUCCCGAUAUUGCUUCUGAUCCUGAGAAAGGCAUUCUAAAGCUUCAAGAAAAGUUCCGGUUAGACUUGGACGAUGAGGAGUGCAUACAUUUUUUCCAAGAUCUUAUCAAUGAGAGUGUCAGCGCUUUGUUCCCUCAAAUGGUGGAGACCAUUCAUCGCUGGGCCCAGUACUGGCGCUGAUCCAGAAAAUGAAUAGUAUACAUGCCUCUAUUGAUCAGUCAAGAACCCCUUUCAAGGAUGGAAAGAUGGCUUUUGAAGAGUUAAAGCUGUAUAAAUUGUACAUAAUUCAGGUCUUUUAGGUCACCCAAUAUUGAAUUUAGUCUUUCGAUUUUUUAUUAUAUUUGUACAUAUUAGUUUCAACUUUCAACUAGUUGUAAACGAAUUUGAGAUAUUGGAACAUGUGAGUUUUGGGGGGCUAAGGUUCUCAUAAAUUAAUGCUA